UCCGUCUCCCUGUUCAGACUCCAUGGAAAGGGUAGGCCACGAAAUCCAUUGCGCAUGCUCAAUGCGCAGUGGAAGCCAUGUUGGAGCUACAGUGGAGUCGGGUUGGGAUUUUCUGACGCCGUAUGUUUUUCUUAAAAUAUCUGUUUUCGUAUAUUGUUGGAGUUCGUCAACCGUGCGCGACCGGCGCCGUAAUCGGCAGUGGAAAUGAUGAACUCCAGUGUCGACCUGUCCCGGCGGAAUCCGCAGGAGGAUUUCGAGCUGAUCCAGAGGAUAGGAAGCGGCACAUACGGAGAUGUGUACAAGGCACGUAAUGUAAACACAGGAGAGCUGGCUGCUAUCAAAGUCAUCAAGCUGGAACCGGGUGAGGACUUUGCUGUUGUCCAGCAGGAGAUUAUAAUGAUGAAGGACUGUAAACACUCCAACAUCGUUGCCUAUUUUGGCAGUUAUCUCCGGAGAGAUAAGUUAUGGAUCAGUAUGGAGUACUGUGGAGGAGGUUCUCUGCAGGACAUCUAUCACAUAACUGGGCCUUUGUCAGAGUCACAGAUAGCCUACAUGUCACGAGAGACCCUGCAGGGUUUAUACUAUCUACACAAUAAAGGCAAAAUGCACAGAGAUAUCAAGGGAGCCAACAUCCUCCUGACAGACAAUGGCUAUGUUAAACUAGCUGACUUUGGUGUAUCAGCCCAGAUCACAGCAACUCUAGCCAAGAGGAAGUCAUUCAUUGGAACUCCUUACUGGAUGGCCCCAGAGGUAGCUGCAGUGGAGAGGAAAGGAGGUUACAAUCAGCUUUGUGAUAUCUGGGCUGUGGGCAUCACUGCAAUAGAGCUGGCUGAACUACAGCCACCCAUGUUUGACUUGCACCCCAUGAGGGCUCUGUUCUUGAUGACCAAGAGCAAUUUCCAGCCUCCUAAGUUGAAAGAUAAACUCAAGUGGACAAAUAAUUUCCACCAUUUUGUCAAACUAGCCUUGACCAAGAAUCCAAAGAAGAGGCCCACAGCUGAAAAACUCCUGCAGCACCCUUUUGUGUCCCAGCCCCUCAGCAGGACGCUGGCGAUCGAGCUGUUGGACAAAGCCAACAACCCCGACCACAGCACCUACAACGACUUCGAUGAUGACGACCCCGAGCCUGAGUUUAAGUACAGGGGUCAUUUCCUACCCAUAAGCCCUGGUGCUCGACGUGCACCCCGUUUUGCGGCCCGUAGGAAGUCUCCGGUCUCUGUUCCUCAUCGUAUUCGUUCCACCAGCAGGAGCACUAGGGAAGGGAAGACGCUGUCUGAGAUUAACUUUGGUCAGGUGAAGUUUGAUCCUCCAUUGAGAAAGGAGACAGAACCCCAUCAUGAGCCGGACCUGCAGUUGGAGUAUGGUCACGAUUCACCGAGUCUACUGGGAGGAAACAAGAGCCUUCUCAAAUCUGUGGAGGAAGAGCUUCAGCAGAGGGGCCAUGUGGCACACUUAGGGGAUGAUGAGGAUGAGGAUGAUGAUGGUGCAGAUGAUGAUGAAACUCACACUCAUAAAUCAAGCACUAUCAUGAGGCCAAAGGUCCCACCCCCGCUUCCCCCCAAGCCCAAGUCCAUCUGCACGUCCCAGCAGCAGCAGCAGCAGCAGCAACAAAAACAAGACGACAGCCACAGCGAGGACGACGGUGGAGGGGGAGGGACCAUCAAACGCUGUCCGGUCCCAGAGACGGCAAGCCCGGCCAAGCCCGCCUCGAACGUCCCCCCGCGGCCCCCGCCCCCGAAGCUGCCGCCCCACCGCCGCAGCAGCCUAGGUAACGAGAGCCCGAAGCACGCGGACGUCGAAAACUCUGCCCCAGAGGAUGAUGGGAGCUUUAGGCAUUUCUGGGAGUGGCUCCACACGCCUCACACAGAGGAGGAGCUGGAGGAGGCGUGGGAGGUGCUGAAGGAGGUGAAAGAGGAGCAGGAAAAAGAGGAGGAAAAGGAAGAGAGUAAUGGGCUGAGCUCUUCACACAAUGGUGAGAGGGACAGUCCCGCAGACAGACAGUCCACCAUGCCCCCUAGUGUCCCCAUACGGAAAGACAAGAAGGAUGUACCGAAGCCAAUCAGUAAUGGCCUCCCUCCUACACCCAAAGUCCAUAUGGGUGCAUGUUUCUCCAAGGUGUUCAAUGGCUGUCCUCUGAAGAUCCACUGUGCCACUUCUUGGAUCAACCCUGACACCAGAGACCAGUAUUUGAUAUUUGGAGCUGAAGAGGGGAUCUAUACAUUAAACCUUAAUGAGCUACAUGAGACCACAAUGGAACAGCUCUUCCCUCGGCGAUGUACCUGGCUAUAUGUCAUGAACAACUGUCUUCUUUCCAUAUCUGGAAAAGCCUCCCAGCUGUACUCCCAUAGUCUGAGUGGUCUGUUCGAACAGGCCAGACAGUUACAGAAGUUACCAGUAGCCAUUCCCACACACAAGCUGCCUGAUAAGAUGAUUCCCAGGAAGUUUGCUGUGUCCAAUAAAAUUCCAGACACUAAAGGGUGCCAAAAGUGUUGUGUAGUGCGUAACCCAUACACAGGCCAUAAGUACCUGUGUGGAGCCUUCCAGUCCAGUGUCAUGCUGUUGGAGUGGGUGGAGUCCAUGCAGAAGUUCAUGCUCAUCAAGAAUAUCGACUUCCCGUUGCCAUGUCCAUUGGAGGUCUUUGAGAUGUUGGUGGUCCCAGAGCAGACCUAUCCUCUGAUCUGCGUGGCAGUCAGUAAAGGCACCGAACUCAACCAGGUGGUCCGGUUCGGCACUGUGAACCCCAACUCUACCUCCUCCUGGUUCACAGAAGCAGACACACCACAGACGUGUGUGAUCCAUGUCACUCAGCUAGAGAGAGACACCAUCCUAGUCUGUCUUGACAGGUGUAUAAAGAUAGUGAACCUCCAGGGCCGGUUGAAAUCCAGCAGAAAGCUGUCAGCCGAGCUGACCUUCAACUUCCAGAUCGAAUCCAUAGUUUGUCUCCAAGACAGUGUAUUGGCCUUCUGGAGGCAUGGCAUGCAGGGACGGAGUUUCAAGACCAACGAGAUCACCCAGGAGAUCUCUGACAGCACACGCAUCUUCAGACUACUGGGAUCAGACAGACGUGCUGACUGUAGAGAUCCAGAUGCUGAGGACAGAGGCCUCAGUCUGCCCAGGGUGGUGGUGCUGGAGAGCAGGCCCACAGACAACCCUACAGCCCACAGCAACCUCUAUAUCCUGGCAGGCCAUGAAAACAGCUACUGAGACACACACAACACACAACACAGAACACACGCACACACACACAUACACACAAAAAAAAACAAAACACACACUCUAAACAGCCUACCACUAAUGCAAACAAGGGAGUAAGCAACUGGGAGACACACACUCAGCCCAACCCCCACCUCUAACCCACCCAGCCUCCACCUUCUCACCCGGGCCUGCCAGCAGUGUAACUGGGAGACGAGCAGUUCGUGGGGUGCAGAUGUGGAUUUUCCCAGUUGCAGACGUUUUAAAAAUGCAGCGCAGUGUUAUACGUGUAUCAGUUAAGCGUGUUGUAGUAGGAACAGCGGGUUGCGGAUCCGUUUUCUGACGGGGCGAGGGUUAAAACAGCUGGUCUGAGGCUAGUUUGGGUUGCAAUAGCAGGGGAAGGGGGUGAAUCACCUCUCUGCAACUUCAACCCAGAAUCCUGAAAUCCAUCCCACCUCCCCCCUGCAUUCUGCACACUGGGAAAACAGCAUCCAGCACAGAAAUUUGACUUCAACACUACUUCUACUACUACUUCUACACACUAGUACUACUACUACUACUGCUAUUUGCGCUAAAGCUUCACAGAACAGCCAUCUUGCACAGAAAAUCUUCCCUUCUCCCCUUUGUCGUCUUUCCCUUGUCUCCUCCUCCCUCUUUCCCUUCUUCCUCCCCCUCCUUUUUUUUAAACUACACCUUUAUUUAUUGUGGCAUGAUGUAACUUUAACAACCAGGAUGGCUUUCCUGUUUUAUUUGUUUUUUUUAAAGGAUAAAAAAGAGAAAACAGACUAAAAAGCUUCGCCACCUCUGCUAGCAUCAAAUUCCAGUACCCGUCACCACACCACACAAGUGCUUAAUUGACCUCUAUUUAAUUGUUGUAAAUAUAAAUGUAGUAUUUUUUGACAGAGACGAACACUAAAAAGACUGGUCGUGUAGAUAGGCGUGUGUAUAGUUGCUCUGUACAACUGUGGAGACAAACGGAGAGACAGACAGGCACGGAGGAGUGAUGGGGCAGUAAAUUCACUUCCCGGUUCCCUGAUCGUGUCAGGUCAGGAAGCAAAGACCCCCCCCACCCUGCAGUCUCCUCAGGUGGACAGCUUUAGUAAUCCAAUAUUACUCUUAAUAAUGAUCUGGAGCUCAGGAUUGGACUGAGCAAACGCAGGAAGCGGCACUGAUUGGUAAUUUCCAUUUUGCAUGCAUCACCAUUGAGACUUCCUGCUCGUAUGCACCAUAGCAACUGUCGUCAGGGCAGCGGGCGUUCUGAGUUCUGUUCAUUUUAGUUUCUUUUUCCUGUUUUGUCAUCAUCCGUUUUGUUUUGUUUUUUGUUUUGUUUUUUUUGUUUUGUUUGUUUUUUUUAAUUCUGUUUUAAUCAGAAAGCUUCAUUUUUUUCUUAAAUGCUAUUUUGUUUAUUUUUAUUGAACCACUGGUGUUAAAAAUUUGCACAGAGGAAAAAAACGUAUUUGAUAAACAAAUGUGAUGUCAUUAUAAUAUAUGACCUUAUGUGUAUGCACAGUGUGUGUGUGUAUGUGUGUGUGCGUAGACAUAGAAUAUGCACAUACGAGUGCAUCAUACAGAUCUGAUCUUUAAUAAGUUACAGUUGUGUUUCUGCCUAAAACCCCUUGAGAUGGGCACUGAGAAAAAAGAUGGAUUUACACAGAAAGAAAAAUCACUUACCCUGUAGAGCUGACAUAUUAACUGUCAGCCAUCAUUUCUAGCAUUAAAUUUAACUGGAGUUUGCACUAUAUAAAUGAAGAAGGAGUUUUUCUGUUAAAACAAUUCCAUAAAUAUACAGAAAUUGCUUUUUUAACAGAUUUUUACCUCUGUGUAAAUCCUUGCAUUUGGUUCAUUUUAGUCAUAUUUUGACUUCAAGCGUCAUUGCUGUGACAUUGUUAAAGACCAUCAUCUGUGUGAAAGAUCACACCACAUGCAUGUAAAUGUGCACUGUGUGGUUGUGGUGUGUAGGAGAGUGCAUGUGGCAGUACACUACCAGUCUUUACAAGCUGUGACACUAGAGGUUGCUUUCAGAGGACGUGAACACUAGUUUAGGUCAAUCUAAGACACCAUCUCUAAUGCUGAAAUCUUACAGAGCUGAAACAUUUGGGUUCAUUUUUCACUUUCCAGAAGCUGAUUUCUCAAAUCAGGUCUUCAUUUUCUCUAUAGAUACAGAGGUGUAAGCUGCAGCAAAUGAACCAAUCAGCUUUGAGAUGAGUCAGAAAAUACAGAAUAUAUACAAGCAAAAACAAAGCACAUGAGUGACUUCAUCAGGUCAAUGUUACACUAAAUACCAUUAAUAUAAUGAUAUAGAUAUAAUUAAUGAUCUCUGCCAUGGCAACAGCGAUUAAUCUUGUUGAGAGAAAGUCUAAAUUUAACAGUAACUACUAUUUUUUUUCUAAACCUUGGAACAAAAUCUGACAGGCUAAAAAUCCUGUGUGUUAUGCCAUCUAGUGGUUAAUAUAUACACAUCUGUGUUCCUUAUCCAAAUGCAGUGCAAUGUUAGACUAUAAAGCCAGGUUACAAACUGAAAAUUUAGAGAUUUACAAUCUUAUCAGUGCUUGACAUCAAAGCUAAAAUCCAGUUGACUCAAGAGAAACUGAAACAAUUAUAGUAUUGUCUUUUAAAAGGUUUGGGGGAAAUGGAAAAUUCAUUCAGCUCUGUACAGACGUGUCACUGGAUGUUACUAAGGUGGUUUUGAAAGGGGUGUGUCACCAUGUUGGGGGACAAUUUAAGGAAAGAAUGUAACAGCUUUCUGUUUUUCCUUGACCCCUCAUUACCCUCUUGCGUGCAGUGAAAUUUGUCACUUUACCAACAUGGCGUCAUGUCCCUCCUCCACACCUCAGUGAUGGAAAUCACACCAAUGCCCCUACACACUAUUUCACCAUGUUUCACUAUGAUUUAUUAAUGGAUAAACAGAUCCUCUCAGUGGAUUCCAGUUCCUGACGCUUUGUCGCACUGUUGCAGUGAACAAAAACAAGCAUAGUCUAGUUAAGUGUGGAGGGUGUGAAUCCACUGUGAGGAUAUAAAUAAUUAGUCUCCUUUUUUAAUCACAUGUGCACACUGUUCUCGUCUAAAAUUGUCCACAGUGUGUUGCCGUACAUCUGUCAGAAAUAUUAAUCAUUAUGACAGCAUAUGAAAUACCAUGUAAUAAGUUGGGAGCAGAAACUGCCUUCCUUUGUAGUGCCCUAUAUGAGACUGAAUGCUGUUUGUAAUUUGAGAUAAAUGUCAAAUCAGCUGAACUCUUCAGGCAGCAGCCUGGUUUGAUACAGAGAUUUGCUCAAAAAAAAAAGAUUAUGUAAUCCAAAACAAACACGGGGGUGAAUCACUACCCCAGACAAGUGUUUUAGCUGUGAUCACGCUAAUACAUGUACUUCUAGCCAACACCCAGUAAUAACGAUGUGUCACAGUUUCUGGCUGCAGCCAAGUUUCAUUCACACAAUCAGGUUAUUUUACAAAAAAUAUUUUCUUUUGUUCAUUCAGCAUCAGAAAUAUAUUAGUUAUACCAAGUUUAUGGCAUAGCCUCACAUUGACAUUGUCAGCCAUAAGGCUUCCAAUAUUUAUAGGCUCACUUAAUUCAAUUUAACUGAUUCCUCACCAUUUGAUUAUUGAAAUAUCACUGGAUUUUAGCAGCAUCAUGUGACUUACUGUUACUGGUUCAUAUAUUUGGGAAAAAAAAAUGAAUCAAACAUUCCUUUACAUUAGGGCUCGGUUUACGCCAAGGAACAUACAUUGUAUGGAUUUUACAUUUUUAAAAAAUGUAAUGCCAAAAUAUGUUGUUGAAAUUUUUUAUGGCCAAAUUUAGAUAGUCUACCUCGUGGUAUGUCCUAAAAAACUGUCUUAUUCAAAAGACAGCCAUCAACAGCGUGUAUGGUUACCGUUAAACAAAACAUGCUCAUGUGUGCGUCCUCUCAGUUGACGAGUAUAAAUGAACAAAAGCUGAGAAAUCAAAACAAAAUACUCAAACCUAUCACAUUAAGACAAAGUGAAUGAGAUUCCACUUUAGGAUUUUCUUUGGAGAUUUUCUUUGUUUCUUAAAAUGCCCAUUUGCUUUGAAUUUAUUUUGAAUUAUGAAAUCUCAAGCCCAAGAAAAAAAACUACUCCUGUAUGAUAGCAGCUCAUCUAAAAUCAUUGCAAGUAUGUAUUGAUUUAGUUGAAACACGCUAUAUAAGCAGCUCCAUUUCUUUCUGUGGGUUCAUUUACUUUUACUUUUGGGGAAACUGUCCAUUUUUGAAAAAUAACAAAAUAAGUUUCUGAGGGAUUGAAUGAUGCUUUGAUUAUUACUAAUGUUCGCAGCCAUAAAUGUUUCAAGAUUAAUCUAUAAUCCCCGAAAGCAGGUGCCAACAUGGCCUUCCUUCGUUGGUUUUGCUGAAAUGUUAAAAAGUCAAUGCUUUAUAACUUCAGCUACUCCUGGGUCAAAUCGUGUGACAGUAAUUCACAAGGAUUGUUUUGAGAUACACCUGAGUUCUUUGCAAAAGCUGUUCCUCCCAAUAUUUAACGAAACACAAGUCUCCCCUGUUCUGUCGCUAUUACAACACCUUUGUCUUUUGUUUUCAUAAUGCAAUGCACACGUUAUGAAAUGUAUAUAGUGUAAAAUAAAAAUGGGUUUGUUUUACAUACUGUAUAAUUGCCUAUAUUUUGUUUCAGAAGUGUAACAGAUUUAUGAGAUGACAGGUUAACACAUUAAAAAGAAGGAACUCAA